AAAACGGGCUUUGCUUUUUAGUCUACUGCUUUGACGUCGCCAUGUUACUUUUAGCCAUAGUCCCGUCUGUGGUGUCUCUUGCCACCUCUGUUCUCGCCUAUGGUCGCCCCAUGGCUCCUUACAACGGCCACUACGACCUUGUUGGCGCACCACCGAGCGAGGAACUACCAACCGACCUGAUGAAAGAAAUCGACGAGUUGCUCGACAAGAUAUUUAAUAUCAGCUCUGAGAACACUGAAUCCGAACCACCCAAGACAGAUACCACCGAUCCAUGGGCCAAUAUCAACAUCGAUCCAUACAUGGCCAUCACUACCGACGACGAAUGGUGCCCUCACGGCGAAGGCAACUAUUGCGGACAAUACGUUGGCAAAGAUUCUUCAAAGUUAUAUCACUGCUCGGUGUACAACGGAAAGGCGCACUGGACGCAACAAGAAGUUUGCUCAAAAGGAUGCAUAUGUGAGUCAGCAGCGUGCUUCGACGAGAUACCCUGCAUAAAAAGUAGCUGACACUUGUUUUUUGACUAACGCCUCGUAGUGCAACCUGCAGAAUACGAUGAUCACUGUGAAGCAGAGGCAGAUUGUCCGCAUGGGGAUGGCAUGUACUGUGGGCGAACGAUCGGAAGAGACCUUCAUCACCUCUACCGAUGCAACUCCGGCGUCAUCAAAGAUAUGGGAUACUGUCCUAACGGAUGCGAACAGACAGCCGACGGAGUAAGUUAAGUCUUGGCUAGACAAAAUGACUGUCCAGCCCGCCCGAAGUGGUGUUUAAAUUAAAUCGGUUCACUGAUACAUUGCUCCAAACUUUUUAUCAACCCAUUUACACAGAUUUCCGAUUACUGUCGGUAUGUCAAUGCAAGUGUUCAAGGUUUCAGUAUCAAUGCUGCUUCACUACAAAAGUUGAAAUCCCAUGUUGGCUUCACUCCAAAUAUGCACCAGCGAUAUGACUAGUAAGUACCCAUGGAGCAUUAGGGACCUCGCUGCAUAAGU